GAAUCGAAAUCUGCCUGUGUCCUCUGCUGCCUGCAGCCAUGCUUUCCUUACCAGCUUCUAUGUCUUCCCGGUUGUGAUGAAAUCCACCCUCAUGGACCUAGCUGAGCUCCAUUUGUUGUGACUCCGUAUAGAAAAACACACUAGAAACUUUUCCAGAGGUUCCUACGACUUCAUGCUGCUUCCUCAUCGUAUUCAGGCCACCUGACAGAGUGAUGUCUGCUAAUAGAACUCACAUGACGAGGUACUACGGAACUGGACUGCUGGCAUAUUCAUAAAGGACUUAUGAGUGGACCGAGCUGCCACUGAGGGUUCCUGUGAACUGAACUGCUGAUUUCCUAACAACACAGAUGUUUCAUUGCACAUUCUGUGAAUAAUACAAAGGCAGUUGGCAAAAGACAGAGCAGAGGGCUUGGAUUCAGAAGACUUGAGAUCAGGCCAUCUAGUCAUCCUUUAUAAGCUGUGUGAUAUCAGGCUGAUCCUGGAUCUGUGAGAUGGAGGGUGAAUAUAGAGAAAUGCUCUUGUUGACUGGCCUGGAUAACAUCACAGAGGAGGAACUGAAACGGUUCAAGUACUUUGCCUUGACUGAGUUUAAGAUUGCCAGGAGCAAACUAAACACUGCAGACAGGGCUGAGUUAGCCGAACAGCUGAUUCAAAGUGCAGGUGCAGAGUCUGCAGUGAUGAAGGCCAUUUGUAUUUUCCGGAAGUUGAAUUAUAUGCAUAUUGCAAACGCUCUUGAAGAAAAAAAGAAAGAAGCUGAAAGUAAAUACAUGACAAAUACAAAGAAGAAAGGAACACAGAAGGUAGAAAAUAGAAGUCAAGCUGAAAAAUGUUCUGUUGCCUCUGCCACUUGCAGUGACAAAAACUUCAAGGAACACUCUACUACAAAAGUCUGUCCUCAAGCUAAGCCUCAGAAGAAACAGAUGGUGGCAGAACAAGAAGCCAUCAGAGAAGAUUUACAGAAAGAUCCACUGACAGUCAUGGUGCUGAAAGCUAUAAGUCCCUUUGAGUGUGAGACCCAGGAAGGAAAACAAGAGAUCUUCCAUGCAACAGUGGCCACAGAGACAGAAUUUUUCUUUGUAAAAGUUUUAAAUUCACAGUUCAAAGAUAAAUUUAUCCCAAAGAAAACAAUAAAAAUAUCAAACUACCUUUGGCACAGUAACUUCAUAGAGGUUACCAGUUCCUCAGUUGUGGUUGAUGCUGAAUCUAACCAUGAAGUCUGUGUCCCAAAUAACAUUAUUAAGAGAGCUAGAGAAACUCCUAAGAUAAGUAAACUGAAAACUCAGCCAUGUGGAACAAUUGUGAAUGGGCUGUUUAAAGUCCAGAAGAUAACAGAGCAUAAAGGUAGAGUACUGUGUGGCAUACACGAUAGAACAGACACAAUGGAUGUACUGCUGCUUGGAAACCAGAGCCAAGCAAUAUGCGAGGAAGGAGACAAGGUUAGGCUCACAUUCUUUGAGGUGUCAAGAAAUGGAGAGAAAAUUCAGUUGAAAUCUGGACCUUGUAGCUUCUUUAAGGUUAUUAAGGCUGCAAAGCCAAAAACUGAGACAAAAAGUGUGGAGUGAAGUCAAUUCAUUUAAAAAGCAUUUUCCUGAAGAAUCUUAAUGCUGCUUCUUGAACCAGACUGAGCAACCCGAGGACAGCAGUUUACAGCCUCAUCAUCUUAUUGUAUUAGGAAAGGAAAAACACACAAAAAAUAACUGGAACAAUGUAUAAAAGGUUAUAAUUAAUUAAAUUAUUGUUUUAUCUAA